AUGGGGGCUUUAACCCCUGAAAUCGAGCCUCUAGUACGGUCGGCACGAGGGUAUAAUAGCCCCUCGCAGCAGGCAACACUCGGAAACACGGCUCAAGAACACAAGGACGCAGUCAAGAGGGACGGCGUGGCUCUUGAUGUUCCCAGGAUCAAUGCUCUGAAGAGGAGGAGGUGUGGAUCACGUGAGGGUGGAGGCAGUGUUGACUUGUGCCAUCUCUAUUCCCGCAAGGAAGCUGCCAAGAGUGAAGUUGAUGAUGCCUCUGGUGAGAAAUUUGUGAAACCUCGCUGUGUCUCUGACUCUGCUGUGAGAUCUCGCUGCGUCUCUGACUCUGCUGUGGGACUGGAACCCAACAGUCACUUUGCGUCUCCAAAGAUAACUAGCGAGUCCAAACUUGGCAUUCAGGAUGACAUCGUUUUCGUCACCCCGAAGAUCUUACUCAGAAAUAAAGUUAAGAAAAGAGUAGAUACGCCUAUUCCCAAACCAGAUGGAAGGAACUACUAUCCGUCCUGCCAGCAGCUUGGGUCACCAGAACACAACCAAAUCAACCACCACCAAAAGGAACACAACCCACAGGAGCAAAAGGAUCAACCACAACAGGAGCAUCAGCAACUGUUUUCAGAUAUUUGGGCGGAAAACAAACUGGAAUCUCCUCUCUGUGACUGGCAAGACAGCCCAACACCAGCACUACAGGAGGACCCUGGUGUGUACAGUAGUGCUGGCGAGACACACACCAACAGUAAGACUCACUCUGGCGUUGGCUUCGGUGCAACGUAUGUUGUGAGACGCCAUUGUGACGGUCAACCCAGCCAGUGAAGGGGGACUGCACCGUCCAACUGCUAAACUGAGCUUAUGUUCAGUCUCAAGUUUACCAGGAAUGAGAAUGAAAGCAUCAAACAUUUUAUAUAUAUAUUUUUUAAAAACAAUGUUUAUGAAAACUUUUAAAUAUAAAACCUUGAUUUUAGUGUUUGUAAAUUUUGAUAAUUUAAUUCUCGUAGCAUAAUGUCGGAUGUGUUAAGUCUUUCUAAUUAUUUUAAUAAAUACUUUAUGUAAUCAGA